CAUGGAGGUGUCUGUGAAAUGGAUGCCUUGCACGAGUGUGAUAGAGUUUGUGUCAUUCGUGCGAAUGCAGCUUGACUUGGACGGUUCAAGGGUCGUGUUCAUCCAUCCAUCCAUCCAUUCAUCAGUUCGCAGCCCACACGAGAACGCAAUGCAUUCAGUAAUGCGUCCACGAGCACACACCUGACAGCAAGAGUGAGUCAACAUUGUUACCUUCUCUUAGGCAGCGUUGAGCUCGCGGCAUCCGUGCACGCAUGUCCGCCCAGUCAUCCAUCCAUCAAUCAAUCAAUCAUGCCCUCAGCCAGCCAGCGACCCACCGACAGACGGCUGAGACCAUGCAGUCAGACAGACGGACAGCCAAACAAACAACCAGACACACGCCCAUCCAGUCAUCCAUCCAUCCAUGCAUCCAUCCAUCCACACCAUGCACCCAUUCUCAUCCAGUCCCCCGGCCGGACGGUCCGUUCUCAUUCAUGCGUUCAUCCACACAUCAAAAGAUCGAUCUCUGCUUAUCUUGUCGAUAGUCGUCCAAUCAGUCCAUCCACCUGCCUGGCUGGCUGCCUCUGUCUGACUCUGCUGCUGUAUGCCUCUAGCUAUCAGUCAUCCCGCCCACCCAAAACCAUCAGCCAGCCAGCCAUCCACCCAGGCAGGCAGGCAGGCCAUUCAUGCAGAACCAUAAGUCGCAUCCCUCCCUGUUGGACCAUCCAUCCAUCCAUCACUCACUCACUCAGCGCAGGAGAUCGUUCCGAUCAGGCUGCCCGCUGCCGCCAGUCGCCGACCCGUAGCCAUAGCCACCAGUCCCGCUGCUGCUGUAGGGGGGCGGGUGGCUCCCCCCCUCUGCAGCCUGCCCCGUGCUGUGGUCGAGAAAGUCAUACUGGUAUUGAUAUGACGAUGGUGCGCCACUUGCCUGGCCGCGGCCGAGCUGCUGCUGCUGCAUGUGCAUCUGCAUGGAAUGCCGCCGCUGCUGCUCCUCGCGCAUCGACUCCUCCAUCGCCCGGCGCAUCUCUUCCUCCUCUUGGAGGGCAAGGUCCUCCUCUUCCUGCUGGCGACGUCGCUGGCGGACCUGGUCCUCCUUGGCCGUCCGCUCCGACUCAGCCAGCGCCCGGCGAAGCUCCUCCUCCUCCCUGUCGCGACGGGCAUCACUAAAGGAAACGCACACAACGAACGAGAGUGAGAGUGGUGGAAUACGCCACCUCGCUUCCAUCUUCACUGUGUUCUGGCUUACUCGUUCUCCGGCUGCUGCAGCUGCUGGGCCUGUGGCUGCGGCUCCUCAUAUGCAUAAUGACCAUCAUCCCCCAGGGGCUCCCCGCCGAUGAGCCGAUCCAGCCCUCCCGCCUCCCCACCACCGUCACCAUGGUAGCCGCAUGCCGCAGCAGGAGCGGCGGGCUGCCGGGACAGGUGCAUGUAGUUCAUCGGGGGGGCGGCCUCCUGGUACUGGUGGUAGCUAUAAGGCUGCUGUUGCUGCUGGCCGUUGUAGCCGUCGUCAUAUGAUGCGGGCACCUGGGGGUCAUUGGUUGAUGAAGGGUGGGAUGGCGUGCCCUCGCCACCCGCACCCCAGUCGCCCCCUCGACCUACUGCCCGCGAGUCCAUAAACGUCUGUCCGCCGCCAAAGAGGCCGCCAGCUCCUCUGCCCUCCCUCCGGGCCGAACCGAGCCCCCUCCUCCCCUGCACAUGGCGAUGGCUCUCCGAUGCCGUCGCCGCUGCCGCCGUACGGUGGUCCUCAGGCUGACCACCAUACCCACCGAGCCGAUUAUCCCAACUGCCAAACAACAGAUUGGGGUCGGCAGCAGACGACGCGGCGCCGAUGGCUGGAGGUGGGUGUGGGUGGAGGUCCGGCGCUUGGGCGGCGUCGGGUGAGGGGACGAGGGGCGGGGAGGGGGACGCUCGUGGAGGGAAUGGCGGAUGAGACGGCUGGGGGAGGCCGGCUGCGGGACCGAGACGACCGAAGAGGCCACCGGGGGCCUCUGAGCGAGGGAACAGCUCAUACCCACUCCUGUCUGCACACACACACACACACACGAGAGGAAUAAGCACAGCGUAUCCGCCCCAUCUCAUUGAUGGUAUUCUCCCUCCCUCCCUCCGCCCAACGUACCAGCAGACAUGGCGUCAGGAUCGUUCGUAGCAGCCAUCCCACCGGACGCCUGCGAGCCGUGGCCACUCCCGCCGCUGCCCGUCCUCAUACCGCCCCCACUGCCCCCCGACCGCACUCCCGUCUCCACAUACGGCACCGGCGGCCCAACACCAUACACACCCAUGUCCACUGCGCCGCGCGGAGCAUCGAACAAGCCAUCGCCCAUCGGACCACCACCAGCAGGCUGUCCGUGAGGGGAGAAGGGCGGCACUGCACUGCCUGGCGGGCUCAGCCAGUCGUCGGGCGAAGAUGCUCUCACGCCCGUCUGCUGCUGUUGUGGGGGGUUCCCCAGCCCCAGGCCCAUGCCAAUCCCCUGCAGGCCGUUCUGGGGUCGCUGCUGACGCGGCAGCUGAUCGACAUGACUGGUACAGAGACACACAAAGGGAGAGAGUGGGCAUGAAGGACAGCUCAGCGGGUGUCGUAUCGUGAGUGUCAAUCAGUAACCCACCUUUGUGGCGGCAUUCUGUGGGCGUUCUGGUCAAAAGGCGGUCGCGACGAGACGCUGCCCAGCCCCGCCAGAGGGUCGAUGUCUAUCUCAUGGCCGCGCUGUGCGAUGGCGGGGGUCAUGUGGGGCCACGGAUUGGCCGGCUGCUGGAGGGGGCUCCCGGUGCCGUAGGACGGGUGGCCAUCGUGCCCUCCACCACGAUGCGCUGACGCUGCGAGUGGCUGAUCUGCACACACGUCGCAAAGACGGAUCGAAAGCACGUGUUCAUUGCAAUCGUUUCGUCACAUUUGUUGUGUCGGGUCGCUUACUCGGGUAGUGGUGCUGUGUGCUGCUGCCCCCGACCAAGACUCCCUGGCCCAUGGGUGACACAGCAGAUGACGGAUCCGCCGCCAUGGCGCCCCCAUGUGCAGCCAGCGCAUCGACGAACCCCUGACAGACGGCAGACACACACGCAUUGCUGUGACAUGUUCAAUGCAUGUCAGAGGGAUGUCUCACCAGAUUCUGCAGAGGCGGGCUCGGCGCAGGGUGACCUUGAAAGGGCGACCCACCUGCAGAACAGACAGGUGAAAGGUCUCGUGUGUCUGCCUUCUUGGGCGUGUCGUUGUAUCUCUAUCUCUCCGCUUACCAAAUCCGUGAUUGGGCGGGGCAACCGGUGCCAGCGGGGGCGACGAGUGGCCGCCCGCAUAGCCAUAGCCCCCACCUCCACCCCCUGGCUGCUGGGGCUGCAACUGCGGCGAGCCAUGACCGCCCCCAUAGCCGUUGGCGGCCUGGAUCAUGCCACCCUUGGGCUGCUGCUGGAUGGAGGGAGCGUUGGGAUUGCCGAACGCUGGUGUGCGGAGAACGUUGGGAUGCGGCGGAACAGGGGCGGGGUGGUGCAGGACGGCAGGGUGCUGGGGGGCCAUGGGGGAGUGGGGUGUGUGGGUGGGCUGCAGGGGAGGCAUGCCUUGGUACGGCGUCGUGGUGGCGGCGGGGCCGUGGCCCAGGGAGCUCAGGGCCUCCUGGCGCUCCUUGAAGGCGGUGGCCUCGUCGGAGAUGGCGCGCAGCUCCGUCAAGAUCUCCGAAAACGACGGCCGCGGGUCCUCAGGCACCAUGAUACAUCUGACAGAGAAAUGGCGACCGACACAGUGAGCCUUCCUUCACUCACUCAUCCCGGAUGUGUCGCCAUCCACUCCAUUCCACUCACCUGAGCGCGAGGUUGGCGACCUUCCUUGCGAACUCCAGCGGCCACUGGGCGCGUCUGUCGAGCAUGCACAUGAGUCUGUCGAUGUCGUGGUUGAACUCAUUGACGAGGUAGUCGACUUCCUUGGUGCCCGGCCGCUGUGUGGCGGGGGGGCGGGCCGUCAGCAACUCAACCAACACCAUGCCAAACGAAUACACCUCCGUGUGCUCAGUCACAACAGCACUGCACAAAAGGACACACAAACCAACACGAGGAAGAAAGAAUGCAAUCAAUCGCAGGAGGGGAGGGAGAUGGGUCUGUGUGUGUGUGUCCCUCUGCUGGAUGGAUGCUUACCGCUUGAUGUACAGCGGAUCGGCGUAGCCCACAGUGCCAGCCGUCUGCUGCACACGGCAAUCUGCACACACACGGACAACAAAAGCACAUGCGUGUGUGAGUUUGUGACUGACAAGCAAAAUGUGCGGUGUGGUAUGUCUGCCCCGCUCCGCUCACCCUCUCCGCCAUGCGAUAUCUUGGCUAGUCCAAAAUCCGCCAUCUUGGCGCCAUCGUUCUUGUCCAGCAGGAUGUUGGCCGUCUUGAUGUCGCGGUGGUACACCUUGGGGUGCGAGUUGUGCAGGUGGUGCAGCCCCUCACACGCGUCAACCGCGAUCUCAAUCCGCUGAUACCACAGCAACGGCUUCGUACCUGCACACACACAGAGAGAGAGACAGACAGGUGUGGCGAGCGGGGUGCGUGUGUGUGUGUGUGUGUGUGUACCCUUCUGCAGUCUGGUGCCGACAUCGCCGCCCUUCAUGAACUCAUACACGAGGUAGCGAUAGGGGCCCUGUUUGGCCCGGGCAAAACCCAUCAAAAUGACCAAACACGGAUGCCUUCAGGAUCGAUACACAGAUGACCAACCAUCAACAGAGGGGCCACGUAUGCCGUGGUGCGGUGUGCGCUUUGAUGGGUACCUACCUGAACUUGGAUAGGACUCUGACCUCCUCCUCAAAGCCGGCCUCGACGGGGUGCUGCAGCUGCUUGAUGGCGCACUCGGUGCCUGGAGGCACACCACACCCAUGAUGAGUGAGUGAACCGAUCCAUUGCGCUGCGCGGCGGACACGUGUUGUGUGCUUCUCGUUGGCUGACUGACCCUUGAGGGUGGCCUUGUAGACCUUCCCAUAGGCACCGGCGCCCAAACAAUACUUGGCGUGAAAACCCUCUGUCGCCUCAUCCAGAACCUGACCAACACACACAGCAACAGCAGGCACAGGUCACUCACAUACGAUGCCAUCAACACAUUCCCCUGCCCCAUACACGUGACUGACUGACCUCAAUGGGGUACUCGAGGCAGAUGUCGUUGAGGCUGUUGUCGGUGGUGGGCGACCUCUCCACAUUGCCCGUCCCACCGCCCAUAGCCUGCUGACCGCCCUGGCCGGCCGCAGCAGGCACACACCCCUGGUUGUUGUGACCGUAGUGGGCAGCAUUAUUGGCGUUGUGGUGGUGGCUGGGAUGGUAGGGGUUCUGCGAUCCGCCGCCUGCGGCAGCGGCGGGGUGCCGGUGGCCGUCACGAUGCAUGCCCGGCUCCAAGGGAACAAACUCAGCGGUGUCUGUGUCAGUCAGAAGGAAAAGGAGUUGCCGAGAUCUUGUCUGCUGACAAGCGCCUCCUGGAUGACUCCUGCCGUCACGAUGACUCCUUCCGAGCGCCCAAUGAGCUGCAGCGGCACCAGUCCAGCCGGGUUGACGCCUCUCCACACCUCUCCUCACUUGUCCUCCUCACUGGCCUCGCCGGUGCGGCAGACUCGUGCUUCUGAGGGUGUCGCGGGACGAGAAGACCCUCUCGCUGUCGCCUACGCCAUCCUCACUCAGAACUCAGGUGUGCUCGGCACAGCAGCAGCAUCCAGGGUAGGACAAGGCACGAGAGUCAACUUCCGCAGAUUUCUGUCGUCAAAUGAGCCUCCACGCCUCCCAUGUGGUGCAUGGAAGGCUCCGAAUGCAGAAUGGCCAUGUCAG